GCUCCGCUGUACUAAACGCAAUGUUGUGACGGCGUGUGCUUCUGCUGGCCCUCUGCCUCUGCCGACCUACACUACUCUGCUAAACUCACUGCACUGCCCGCGCUCCGCCGGUCCAGCCCACUGCGUCGUGUUGUGCCGUGCUGCUGUCGCGCAAAGAGCCGCACGCCAGCCCUCGUCUGCACCGCUUGUGGCACCUCGAGGAUACCCUGUCCUCCCUCAGAUCGAGUAAAGCUUCGUACCUGGCAUGAAAGACAAAGCCCGCCAGGACUGAACGCCAUCCCAUGUUGCAGCUUGCCGCCUGCCUGCGCUGCUAACUGACGCCCGACCACCCGCCUCACGACACUGCCGCCGACUNUCCUCACCCAUCACCGAGCACCAUCGCGGGCGCGACUCUUCGGCGACUCCUACUGCGCCGCCGCCGCCCAUCCUCCAGUUCUCCUCGGCACGUGGCGCUGGCAAGGACUCGAGUUGGUGUUGCUUGCUCCGCGAACUGCUGCACACGUCCGCUUCGAGCCACACCCUGACCUGCCCUGUGCAAUUGGAGCCCACGAGCCCUCUUCCAGUGCCGCAGAGCGCCUAUUCUCUCGUGCACUCGUCGCCGCGCUCGCCGUCGUCCCCAUUGCUACCACUGUACGUACUCUGCCUACCCUCACGCAUCAACGUGGUUGACCCCGCCUGAGCGCCGCGAACCUUCAAUUGCUGAUACCACUCGUCCUCCCACAGCUUGCACGGCGCGCCCACGACAUCGCCGCCGCUCACGCUGCCAUCGAGCCGCGGGUGAUCCGCUUCUAUCCCAGCUGCCGCGUGAGGCAGAGCAUUAUCUGCUCGGCCCUCACCCCGGAUUUAUUCAUCGCUGCUGCGUCCGCCAUCUCUGCCCGACCGCGCGCUGCCUCGCGUUAUAGGUAGAUCCCAUCGGCACCGUCAUGGCUUCCACUGGUCCCCCAAGUCAGCAGCAGCAUUCACAAGGCUUGCCGUCCAUCAGCAGCCUCACUAAUGGUCUACCCAAAUCCGCGCCCAUCUCACCGGAUGGUCAGUCGCUCACGGACUCUACGCGAGAUUCUGGGACUUGGCCGCAACCUCAAAGCAAGCAUAACUCAGCCAACAGCCAAGGACUCCAGGUGCACACAUUACUGAAUCCUGAUGACUCUCCGUCGCGACAUUCAAUACCUACCACUCCACUCUCAGCACGGAUCCCAGUCUCCGCUCAAGGCGGUCCCUCACAGCUUCCAUCCAUCAACCAAGGCUUCCAGGAGAGCCACAACCGCGAAAGCUAUGGCCAACGCGACAGUCUUGGGCGCGAGCUCAACCGCGAUGCCUACCGCGACAGUCGAGAUCUGGCCCCGGCAAUGGACUCGAGGCGAAGCAGUGUAGACAGUCGCAUGCAUCAAGGAUUCAAUUCGCUCUAUAUCAAUGGGCCAACCUCGCCGUACGAGAGUGCCAACACCUCGCAAGUGUCACUCGCAGCAAGUCUGCGGAGGCCCAAUGGACAGACGCCACUCUCGCCGCUUAGUGCACGGUCAGGCCAACGCGGACAUACUGCACCGCGCAUAGCGCCUCCCAUCAUGCCCGUUGGGCGCGGUCCCGGUGUACCAGAUCCUACCGCCGCAAAGCCUACACAAGGUUAUGCCUGGGCUUUCCCAGACAGUGCGAUUCCAGAGGAGCGACGAGGCUCCGACAGUGGCGAAUCGAGCACCCAUGGGCCCUCCAGACAGAACAGUUUCGCGGCAUCUUCAAUUCGGAGCAGCAUCUUUUCCACAGAUUCUCAGCUUCCGAUGGGUCAACGUAGGUUUGCAGAAGAUGAAGCGGCGACUACACAUCAUCACUCCCUGCAACAUCGCGCAAUUUCCGGACUACAGCACGAGGCGAUGACCCCUCAGGGCGUGGGCAAUUAUAGUCGAACUCCCGAGCUCCGGGUCAGCCAUAAGCUCGCUGAAAGGAAGCGCCGCAGCGAAAUGAAAGACCUUUUCGAAGAUCUGAACAAAGCUGUUCCGUCGAAUGGCGGCACGAAAGCGAGCAAAUGGGAGAUUUUGACAAAAGCUAUCGAGUACAUUCGAAGCCAACAACACAACGAGCGCAACCUCCAUGCAGAAGUGCAACGGCUGCAGCGGGAUAACGAAUUCGGCCGCGAGGUGCACAAGGAGAACGAGAUGCUCAAAACCGAAGUCCAGGUCAUGCGCGAGCAUUUGAGGCGCCUGGAGCCUAACGCACCACACAUUUACGGUGCAUUCACUUCACAACUGAACCAGAUCAGCCAACAACAGCAACCGCAAGGUAACGGUGCGCCCGGGAUAGCGCUGCCUCCGUUGAAUACGGCGCAGAAUGUCGGACAAGCUCCCGCGCCUUUCAAUGGUGCUCCCGGUGGCUCGGCGGCGAUGCAAGGCGUCGAAUACGGGACCUACGGAAGGUAGAGAAGCAACGGGGGUGGUUGUACACGUAAUUUUCUCGAAAGAAUGGCGCCGGUUUAGGAUGCACGGCGAUGCAUGUACGAACGAGUCGAGCGCGCAGAUGCCCUCCGAGUUAUCAUUAUGACAUUAGCACUAUACCAUUGCUUGCGAAUGCUUACACGGCUGCGGGGCGACCUGGACGACGAAGUGGAGUUUCUGGCCUCCCGGAAGGACGAUGUCACUCAUAGACAGCGUCGGAUGCAUAGCGAUUGGGUUGAUGUGCUUGUAUCUUAGCAGAAUAGCUGACUAUAUUUCGACUUGCCAAA